AGAGUAUAGUACCAACAAUGAAGUGUCAGACGUGUCCAUAAUAAAUACAAAUCUUCUUUUAGUUAUUCGUAAUGCUUUUAGCACUUUUAUAAUUGUUUCAUUACAAUUUUCGAUUAUGUUAAUUUCGUGUGAUAUUUUGUUUGAUCUAAAUUCACCGCUGAAAUAUGGAGGAGGAUCUUAAUGAGAAUGAAUUAGAAGAACGGUUCUACUCUAUGCUACAUUAUGUAGAUGAAUCGCAAACGGAUGAGGCCACCAACCUUAAAGAUGUUGACCACAUUGUGGACAACACACCUCAAAGCACUAUACGCCGUUACUGGCGUACAACUGGUGAUCAGGCAUUACAGAAGGUUAACGCUGCUAAAGAUUCCAAUCUGUCCAUAAACAAAUCCUCAGUUUCGGAAAAUACAAAGACCAAAGAGGAGAAACGUCAACCCACACCUCCGUUAUCUGCCGAUUUGUCAAUAUUCCAGUCACCAGUGCCACAAUACAUAAAGAAGAGCAUAGAGAUAUUAGAAAAUGAUGAACCCUCUCAAGUUGUGGAACUGGAAACAAGUGAUGAAGAUGAAGUUAUUGAGGUUCAAUUGCCACCAAAGCCUACCAUUACCAUUGAAAGUUCAGAUGAGGAUGAAAUUUCUGAAGUGUCUAAGAUCACCGAGCUUAAAGAAAAAAAUAUUAACAAAGUCCCAGAAAAUAAAAUAACCACAAAUAGGCGUGAUAGAGAGGUUUCAGCAAGUCCCGUUCCUUCAAUUGUCUCAUCAGUUUCUGAUGAAUUUAUACGUGGUGACUGUAUUGCACUUAACAUCUCCUCCAAACGCCCAAAUAAUCAAAGUUUUGACUUCAGCCUUCAUGGCUCUGACAUAAUGGACGAAAGUACUCCCCCUAAAAAGAAAAAAAAAAAGAAAAACAAGGAGGCUGCAACAUCUACCCCAGCAACAAGCACACAAGCAUCUGUAGCUUCUGUACCUAAAGAAGGAGAAUACUUUGCGACGCCCAAAAGUAAAGCCAGGAAAAAGAGACAGAAAACAAAAAAUUAUUCAGUAACUGAAAAAAGUAUUCCAAGUGCCGAUGUUUAUGAUUCAGAUAGUAAUCAGUCUACAAUUGACCUGGAUAAAAAUCAUGGUUCGUAUAGUGUAACAGAGAAAAGUUUUCCAAGUACAGAUGUCUAUGAGUCAGAUUCCAACCAAUCGGAAAAAACAAGCCCUCCAAAACAAAAUCAAAAAGAAACUGAGUCUGAUAUUUGCACAACUUCUGAUAGUAGCAUUUGUUUAGAAAAACAUGACAAUAUUGAACAGCUGCCUAAGGCACCAAAACAAAAUAGCACUUUAACACAACAACAAAACUUACCAACUGUAGAUUUGACAGACACAACUUUAGAUCAGACUGCUAUUAAUGAAAACAUUGUUAUGGCAAAUGUAACCGGCUUUCCUGAAUCAGAAGAAACAGGGGUCAUUGACAUCACUCCUGAAGGUGAUGCAACAAGGUUUGGUUCCACAAAAGUACCUGCCAUUUUGUAUGAAGAUCUUGAUUUUGAUAAUUUGAAGGGUAAAGAUAAAGUGUGUAAGAAACGAAGAUAUUCUGUGACAACUCUUCGUGCCGAAAUGGAGAAAUUCUAUAAUGAGAGUUGGGGUGGAGAAAAUUUUAAUCAUCGUGAGAUACAAAAAAGUAUGUCCCGUGACAAAAGUUUAUGGGUUAUUGACCCCAAAGAUAGAAUGCCAGGAUUAUCAAGAAGGAAGCCAACCUGUAACUACUGCAAUCGUCCUGGGCACCGUGAUGAUACGUGUCGAAUGAAACCGCCUAUUUGUUACAUGUGUGGCUCUACAGGCCAUUAUGAGCCGCGUUGUCCAAGAAAAAUUUGUGUCAAUUGUGGAUCUCCAAACCACAUGUAUACCACAAUGUGUCGAAACUGCUCGAAUUGGAACAAUAUAAGAUGCGCUGAAUGCGGUCAGAUUGGCCACCCUUCAAGCCAUUGCCCCGAUUUGUGGCGCCGCUAUCAUAAUACGAUCUCCUGUAAUACACCAUUAGAGGAGAAUCGUCAAACGAAAAAACAUUACCAAAUGUUUUGUAGUGGCUGCGCUCGACGUGGUCACCUGGUACACACUUGCCGUCUGUCACUACCAUUUUCGGGUCUACCGAUAAAUUCCCCCUAUGUUUCUUUAUAUCAUCCCAUAUACUUUUCUACAAAUGAAAAUACCAAUCAAUUAAAUAACAGUACACCUCAAAGAAACCCACAAUUUAGUCGUUAUAACACACAAGAUUCAACCAUUUCUUCGGCAACAAUUCAACAUAGAAAUGACAGAAACAAACGGCAAUCAAAUUCGCCUGUUUGUCACGAAAGCCAUGCCAAUAAAAAGAGAAACACAUCUUAUUCUGAUGACACUGACUUACGUCGUAACACAAAAAGUCCAAAAAUUAAUAGUUCUGAAAGAAAAACGUCACAGAACUUUGAUCAAAAUGAAGAUACAAACAAAAUUGCAAAAGAAACUAAUAAAAUAUUAAAUAACAAUAGCGAACCGCCUAAAAUAACUAAUAAAAUAUUAAAUAACAAUAGCGAACCGCCUAAAACAACUAAUAAAAUAUUAAAUAACAAUAGUGAACCGCCUAAAACAACUAAUAUUGAAGUAGAAAAAGCACCAGAUUUCAUUCCACUAUCAUCUACCAACCAUGACAAAAAGGGAUAUAUUAUUCAAGAUAAUGAAGUCUCAGAUACAAGUGACAUCGUAACAUCUGCAAGGAUUUAUAUUACUAACGAUAUUAUCGAAAAACUUAAAACAAAAGAUGGAGAAGAGUGGUUAAAGAAAUCUACACAAAAAAACAAUGUAACUCUACAAACCACAGAUUUCAAUUUGUUUAUAGGUAUUUUAGGAAAAGUUGCUGACCAAGAGGCUUUUCAGGCUGAACUUAGAGAUUGGAUUAAGAGCAAAGAAAGUACGGAUAAUGUUAAAUCUGCUAAUAAUUUAGAAAUUCCGAAAGAAAUGACAAAUCAAGAUAAUGUACUGUGCAAUAACAUACCGCGGAAUAGAUGCAAUGUUUUGAGAAAAAUUAAUAAGGCAUUAGAAUUGUUAAAAGAAGAUUUAGGUGAUCCUAAAGAUAUUUAUAAAGAGUUAACUUAUCUUCAAAACCAUCAUCAACAACUUCUUAAACAAAAAGAGGUCAGUCCAAAGCAGUUGUCAAAUAAUCGUGAAAAUAUUAAUGUUAUGUUAAAGAAAUUAAAUAUGGUCCUUAUUGGCCAAGCUGGGCUUGCCGAUGGGUCAAAGCAUUUAAGCGAACUAUAUUCUCUUCAAGAAAAGCUUACGAACUUCAGACAAAAGUAUAUACCUCCUCAAAUGCGAGAAGAAAUUGGGCAACAUUAUCAUUGCAUAUUUACUGCCAUCCCACGAAAAGACUAUCAAGAGUUGCUUAGUAAAUAUUAUGUGUCUAAAGCAAAGCCCGUAUUGCUUAGAAAGAAAAAGAACGAUAAAUCUAUAUGGCUUAGUCCAGCAGCCCAUGCAAAAAAGAAGUUUGCCAAGAAUUGGCAGAAGAAGAGCAAUGACAGAGAUCUUAACGGAAGUAAUGAAAUAAUUGAGGAUAACAAUGCCGCCGUGAGAAAUCCUUUUGUUGAACAAACGAUGAAUAAGUUAGUUUUUUAUCAUAGAAGACUUAUGCGCGCUAAGCCGCACGACAACGUUCUCAACAAAACACGCGUUGAGUUAGUAAAUAAACUCACUUCGCAUAUUUCGUCAUUGGAGCAAAAAAGUAAUAUGUCGCCUAAUGCCAUGCGGAAAAUGAGGAAAAAGAUGAAGAUAACACAAGAGCAAGCACAAUUGUUCUUGACAAAUGUAUAAUUAUGUCUUUAGAGCACUUAAGUCAGGCGUGUUAAUGUCAUUGACCGAGAUAGUGUUAAGGGAAAUGCGCCCUAUACUGGAUUAGUAGACAAUGUAUGAUCCCAUUUUAAAAUGGGGUUAAGUAAUGUCACUUUUCCGGUCAGGUGUAAUAGCACAUUUAUUGUGCAUGUGAAAUAAACUUAGUGUAAAGCAU